UCGUUUUUAUUAAGUGUGUAAGUUCUGCAUGUUCUUGUAAAUUGGUAUUACGUAUCAAGGCCGAAAAGUGUGUUUGUGAAAUUCUUGUGAUGUAUCUGUUCUUCGCAGGAGGAAGUGGAUUUUCUGAGCGGGAAAAUGGAAUUGUUUUGUUUGGCGUUUGUGGUUUAGAGAAUAACAAAACAAACAUAGUGGAGCACUUCAGUGUUAUAUUUUGCAAAUAAAUGAAUAAAUGUAAAUAAAUAUCAACUCGAGGACAACUCGAGUCCAGGAAGUUCAUGAAUAUUCACGUAGACUUGCUUGGGUAAUUUGUUAGCUAGCUGUUAGCUUCAUCCGGGUUUGAACUUCCGGUGUAACGUUUGUCCAGUUUAAAAAACGGGGCACAUUUAAACAACUCGGCCUGCAGAUGCAAAUCCAAACUGACACCAGAGCUCCUCAUCACUGAAUCUGGCAGCUGUAACAGAGCUCAACGUAGAGAAAGUAAAGCUCCUGCAUGGUAACGGUAGCUAAGGAACUCUUAGCAACUCCUACACUGUAAUGAAACACCAGAGCUUUCCCAGAUCUACCAAACCACAAUUUCAAGACCCAAAACUGGACGACGAUGAACACCGAAAAGCUGCAUCUAUCAGGAAACAUCAUCCAGCGUGUGAGCCAGUUCAGAAGAAGCCCUUGGCUGGGCGAAUCUUUUAUUUGGAUCUACCGUGUAACAAACGCAGCCAGGCUUUAGAAACUGAUAUCAAGAGCCUUGGAGGAACAGUGGAAAAGUUCUUCAGUAAAGAGAUUCGAUACUUGGUGUCCAGUAAACCUGAAGCUCGGCAUGUGCAGCGGCUCGUUCAGGACUCCCCGGUGCCGAGUCCAGACUCGGGCCUCAGCUCCCCCCAUCCUGGCAGCAGGAGGGACAGUCACGGCCACCGAGGCAGCUCACAGGGACCUGCUGACACCGUGGUUGUAAGCCGAGGGAAAUCCUUAGUGGAGAAAGUCGUUAAGGAACAAGAGCGUAUUCAGAUGAACAGAAUCCUGGCCAAUGCACUUGAAUGGGGUGUAAAAAUCCUCUACAUUGAUGAUGUAAUUUCUUAUAUUGACAAGAAAAAGAGCACAAUUGCUAAAGUCAGAGCAGCGACUCACUCAGUGAAGAAAGCUGCCAAACCUGAGCCCACAGAUGGGACUGCUUCUCAGAAAAGCAAACCAGGACGAAUCAGUCGCCCCUUUGUUAAAGUGGAGGACUCUAGCAGACACUACCGUCCCCUCUAUCUCCCCAUGGCCAACAUGCCUGUGUGUAACCUCCGAUCUGCUGCCCCCUGUAGUCCCUUCUUGGAAGAAAACGAUAAAGACGACCCUGGGAAAAAGACAAAAGGGUGCGGGUCUGGAGGAGAUCGACGGGAGAAGAGCAGGAAAGACAGGCACCGAGGCCGUGAGGGAAAGGGACGAAGGAAAGGGGGCUACUGCGAAUGCUGCAUUGUCAAAUACGACAACCUGAAAGCUCACCUGCAGAGUGAGCAGCAUCAGGCUUUCUCUAGAAGUGAGGAGUACCUGGUGGUGGACAGAGUUAUCUCAGGACUCACCUGUGAUUUUGUACACAUCAGCCCCCAAAUAAAACGGGUGAAGUGCAGUGUUACCUCCCCGCUCAUCGUUCCUGGACCAGCUGUAAGGAAGGACGGAGAAAUGGAGGUUGAAGAGGAGGAUGUGACUGACGAAACCCCGCUCUGGGGCUCUCACAACACGGAGCGAUCGGUCCGCAAGCGCUCCAGAGAACUCUCCCAAAGUCCUAAAGGAGACUCAGCAGGACAAUUGGACACUUUUCAGAAAUCCCAGUCCAAGCGUGGUUCAUUUGAAUGGGAAUCCAGUUCUAAUGCUGCUUUACAGAAGGCUUUGGGUACAUCAGUGUGUAACACCAGACAAGACUGUCUUUCUGAGUGUCUGGAGAGGACCAGGACCUCAUUACACACUCGUUUAGAACAAAGGACUUCACAAAGCACACAGCAUGUUAGACUUUCAGAUCCUGCGGCGUUCGGUACGACUUGCAGUUCAUUGGGCGCAGGGACCUCUCGCGUGGUGUCAGAGCCGUCUGUAAUGUCAGACUUUCAGACUGCACCAAAGUUAGUUUCAGAUGUUACAGAAUGUACAACCGAGAGACCUUUCUGUAAUACAGGCAAAGCACCUGACGUUACACAUCAUGGACCCAUCACAGAGGAAAUGUCUUCUUCCAACACGGACAUUCUAUCUGGAGCCUUGCAAAGAAAAGUGCGGACAUGGAGGCGGAGACGAACCGCACCAUCCGAGCCCCUGUGUGGCCUUUCUGGUAAACCUGUAGAAUCCCAGACCCUUCAGUGUCUCGGAAAAGUUUCUGAGUCUCGGGGACGCUCAGCAUCUGCCCUGGACUUAUGGCAGCUCUUCCAGUCCAGCGGUGACAUGGAGGAGGAUUUUAAGGGUUUCUACAAUUUGUAGAAAAGGAUAUUGAAUAUGAAAUGAGCAUUGGCAAAGCUUGUGUUUGUGUGUGUGUUUGUGUGUGUGUUUGUGUGUGUGUUUGUGUGUGUGUUUGUGUGUGUGUUUGUGUGUGUGUUUGUGUGUGUGUUUGUGUGUUUGUGUGUUUGUGUGUGUGUGUGUGUGUGUUUGUGUGUGUGUGUGUUUGUGUGUGUGUGUGUUUGUGUGUGUGUGUGUUUGUGUGUGUGUGUGUUUGUGUGUACGUACCAAAUGAUCAAAU